AUGGCUAUCUUGGUCUCAAAGAGAAAGCCGACUACACCCAGUAAAAGAGAUGAUUAUAAUCCUCGUAUCUUCUUUUUCUGCAAAUCCAUUCUCAUGGUUGCUCCGUUCUUUGUUCUUUAUCUUUGGCUAUCUUCGACCUUAAUCAUCUCCUCAAGGGAACUCAAAGAUCCAAGUGUUGUUCCUAGUAGAUAUGGAAAAAUAAAUUCUCUAAAGAAUGAUAAAUCUGUCAGAGCAAUUCUUUCCCGUGAAGAUAAGAAGCGUUUUGGUGUGAAUAUUAAGCAUGUUCUUGAUCAUAAGGCCAAGAACGAGUCUGAGGAAGAAGAACAAUACCAAUACAUCAAACCUAAGAGUGAAGGAGAAGGCUACGCGCUAAGGGCAGUGAUUAAGUAUAUUCAUGAACAGAGAUCUUGGUUGCCGACGGCCAGGAAAAAAGGCGAAAAUCCGGGAUCUUGUGAAGGGAAAGGAGUUUAUGUUUAUGACUUACCGUCUAAAUUCAACAGAGAUUUACUGGUAGAUUGUGUGGAUAUGGUCCCUUGGACUAACAUGUGUAAGUAUUUCAAGAAUGAAGGUUUUGGAGAAGCAAUUGGGAAUCUUGGUCAAGGUUGGUUUAGGACACAUCAGUAUGCUCUUGAACCGAUCUUCCACUCUAGGGUUUUGAAGCAUCCUUGUAGGGUUUACAACGAAAGCCAAGCUAAGAUCUUUUAUGUCCCCUUUUAUGGCGGUUUUGAUGUAUUGAGAUGGCAUUUCAAGAAUGUUUCUAAUGUUGUGAAGGACCGGUUGGGGAUCGAGGUUCUGAAAUGGCUUGAAUCGAAGGAAUCUUGGAAGAGAAAUGCCGGAAAAGAUCAUGUGUUUGUGCUCGGAAAGAUUUCUUGGGAUUUUAGAAGAAGUAAACUUCCUUGGGGCUCAAGGUUCCUUGAGUUACAAGGAAUGAAUAACCCUACAAAGCUUCUCAUCGAAAGACAUCCCUGGGAAGUCAACGACAUCGCAGUCCCGCAUCCGACCUAUUUCCACCCUAAAACGGAUUAUGACAUCGCUAGCUGGCAGGUCAAGAUGAUGAACAAACCUCGCAGGAAUGUUGUAAGUUUUGCCGGAGGUGCAAGACCCGGUAACCCUCACAGCAUACGUUCAACGCUAAUCGAACAAUGCACAACAUUUUCUGACCAAUGCAGAUUCUUAAAUUGUACUAACGGAAGUUGUAACAAGCCUGAGAAUGUCAUAGAGCUGUUCCAAGACUCAGAGUUCUGUCUGCAACCGUCGGGAGAUAGUCCAACGAGAAAAUCCGUUUUCGAUUCACUAAUCUCCGGUUGCAUUCCGGUGAUCUUUAAUCCAUACACAGCUUAUUAUCAGUACGCGUGGCACUUACCGGAGAAUCAUCGGAAAUACUCAGUGUACAUAAGCCAAGAAGAUGUCAAGGGAAAGAGAGUAAACGUGGUAAAGAAGUUGAUGGCGAAGACUGUAAGAGAAAAAGAGGAAAUGAGAAGUUACAUUAUUCAUCAGCUUUUGCCUGGGUUGGUCUAUGGAGACUCUAAUGCUAAGUUUGAAAAGUUUCGAGAUGCUUUUGAUAUUACUUUCGAUAGUUUACUUGAGAAAAUCAAUUCAUUGGUCUAA